AUGGUAGACAAUCAAGAUAUAAACAUUUUUUUUGCAUCCAAUUUACCUUAUGAAGCUACAGAAAAUAGUUUAAAAGAAUAUUUUUCUCCACACCUUGAUCUUACAUUCACUAACUUGAAAAGGACAAAGUAUGGAGUAAAAAGUAGCUAUGGCUAUUUACAUUUCAGGAAUAAAAAAGAAGACGUAAUUUCAUUUAUUGAAAAUAAUGUAUAUCAAAACCACAAAAUAUGGAUUGAGAUAUUUCAGGGCGGAGUGUGUGAACAGGAGGAUGUUGGAAAGGAUGAGGAAAAUAGCGAAGAAGAAAAAAGUCAGGAAAUUGGAAAAAAUGAAAACGGUCAGGAAAAUGGAAAUAAUGAAAACGGUCAGGAAAAUGGAAAUAAUGAAAACGGUCAGGAAAAUGACAAAAAUGACAUGACUAAUUCAGAAAUUUGGAGAAAUAUACAAUUUGAUAAAAAAAUGGAAAUAAUAAAUAAAAAUGGAGAUAUAACAAAAUAUGGACAAUCAAUAAUUGAAAAUAUGAAUAUGUAUGAUAUUAUAUUAAUAAUAAAUAGAUUACAAGAAUUAAUUCGUGCCUCUCCACAAACAGCUAUUCAAAUGCUAAAUGAAAAUAAAAAAAUAUAUUAUUCAUUUGUUCAUUCUCUUUUUCUUUUGGGUAUUUUAAAUAUUGGUGCAAAUAAAUUAAAUGAAGACGAACUUAUAUUAUCAAACUUUCAUAAAAUUAAAAGUAAGUUACAAUAUUUAUUUUUAAACAAAAAAGAAAACAUUGAAACUGAUAAUACUUUGGAUGAAGAUCUAAUAUAUGAAAACAAAAUCGAUGAGCAUAAUAGUAACACACAAAAUAAAUUAUAUAAUUUGAAUGAAGAAGAUUGUUCUAAUUCUUUAUAUAAUUUAAUUAAAAAAAAAAGAAAUGAUAAUUAUAAAGAGCAAAAUGAAUAUGGCUUAUAUUCAAGUGAUAAAAAAAAAUUAAAGACAAAAAUAAAUGAAUUAAAUAAUAAUCAGGAAUAUGAAAAUUAUAAUAAUGAAAAAACAGAUUUAGUUCCUAAUAGUUAUGGAAAUGUUUUAUACUCCUUUAUUAGUAGUAAAAGUAGCAAACAGAAUGUAAACGAAAAAAAAACACUAUAUAAUAAAAGUGAUAUAAAUAAAUCGGGUUUAUAUGGAAAAGGAUUAUAUUCAUUAAACAGUAAAAAUAAAAAAGGGAAAGAUAUUAAUAACGAUGUGAAUAAUGAGUUGAAUCAAAAUACAUAUGUUAUAGAACCAGAUCAAGACAUGAAUGUAAAAAAUACUUUUGAAAAUAAAAAAAUGAAAAAUAAUCUAAAUAUUGAUAAAACAAAUUAUUAUAAUGUAGAAGACAAUGAAAAAGAAAAUGGAACUAAUGGAUAUGAUGAAGAUGAGGCUAUUGUUAAUUCAAACCAAAAUAAUCCACGAAUUAAAGGAUUUGAUUUUGGAAAAAAUUUAAUAAAAAAAAUUAAUACAUCAAAUGGUCAACGAAGAGGAAUCAAACUUAUCGAUAGAACAAACAAUGAAGAUAAUGCUGAAGAAAAUGGAAUUAAAAUAAAAAAUGUAUAUAAUAUUCAAGAUGAAACAAAUAAAAAAGAUAAACAUAAAAAAACAAUUUUUGAUAGUCAAUCAAGUAUAAAUCUUAAAAAAGCAUUAGAAAAAAUAAAUCUUACAAUUAGUGCAAUCCCAGAAGCAGAAGAAAAAUUAGUAAAAGAAGUUAUAAAUCAAAAAGAUAUUCUUCAAAACAUAUUAGCUAGUAAAUAUCCAGAUAUGUUAAAAUGGAAUAAUGAACAAUUAUUACGAGUUUUAUCUUUAAGAAAAUCUCUUAAAAAAAAAGGAUACACAAUUCAUGGACCUAUAUAA